CUGCCGCUGAGCGGGCUUGGCUGGGGGUGCCCGGCCGGCCGGGACCAUGGCUCUGAGGAAGGCAGCGCGACCUCGCUCCGCAUCAGGAAAGCUAGAACCGUUCCCCCGCGGCAGCAUUCUGAAUGAGCUAAGGGAGUCGACGGCCAAAACCGAGGCUUCAUUUCGACGUGCCCAGACUUCGUUGGGAGGCUCCAGAUUGCAAGCUGCCUCUCCAGUUUCCCUCAGGAGCUUUUCAGAGGAAGCACGAGAAGAAAGCUCUUGUCUUCCAGAAUGGCUGGUGAAAGAGUUACUAAAAGGGCAGCAGAGGAGUCACUCAGUAGGACUCCUGGAGAAUAUAUUGGAGCAUGAAGGUUUUCAGCGUCACGUUGACUCUGCCAAGAGUCUGAGGAAAGGAAAGAUUGAACAACAAGUGACCCUUGAACAACUUCAGAAACUAAAUACAGCUUUUCAGGAGUUAGAAAAGAAUGGAUGUAAGUCACUGGAUAUUGAGAAAUUCAAGCAGGUAGUGAAGACGUGUAUGACACCACAUAGAACAAGUGAUGAACAAAUAGAAAAACUUUUCAUGAAAAUAGACUGUGCUGCAACUGGAAGAAUUAAAUGGGAUGAAUUCUGCACAUACAUGCAGCUAGAAUAUGCAGAACAAGAUGUGUCAUCUGCCCGAUUAAAGGAGCUGACAUUCUCACUUCCUGCUGUGAUAGAAGAACGCCCUCAUGGAGAACCUGUCCUACGCAUUUGUUCUCUGUUUGACAACACCUUAGUAAUGACCCAAGAAGAUGGAGUUAUUUCCUUCUGGUCUCCACAACUAAAGCUGAAACGAAGCAAGAUGGUUUUUGAAAAACCUGUCAACAAAAAAUCUAAGUGGGCGACAGAUUUCACUGUCAUGUCACAUUACAACAAACUCAUCCUGGGAACUGGGGAUAGUGAAAUCCAGUUGUAUGAGAUGUCCAACUUUGAACCGUACUGCCAGAUCAGUGGUUUGGAAGCAAUCCCUUUAAAACUGGACUAUUGUUGCCCCGAUCCCGACGAGUGCAUGAUUCUGUAUGGUGAUGACCAGGGAUGUGUGAAUAUCUUGCUUUUGUCUUCUGUGGGGGAACUUCUACGAACGUGGAAGAAACUGCCAGUGGCUGAAAACCUGCCUAGUAUUGGCAUUGAGAAUGCUGUUCUUUCUCCAAAUGUGACUUACAUUCGUUGGAAAGUGCAUGGGGACUGGGUUACACAGCUGCACUACUAUGAUUCCAUUAAAGCAGUGAUUUCUACCUCCAACCAUGAACCUACAGCUUUAGUAAUAGGGUGUAUUGUUGGCGCUACUAAUGUUGAGCAGCAGAUGAAAAAAAUAAAGGACCGUGGGAAAGAUUCAAAAGCAAGAAAAGCACAGGUGAUACCUAGAAUCCCUCCAAAGAGAGCUGAGGGAGAUCAGACUGUGUUUCAAGUCUACAAAGGAGUAAAAACAUUUGCAUUCUGUAAAAAGAGCAACCUCAUAGUGACAGGUGGAAUGGAUCGAAUCAUCCGUAUGUGGAACCCUUACAUGUCUGGCCAGCCAACAGGCAUGCUCAGAAGCCACACAGCACCAGUCUGUUACCUCUCCAUAUCUGCAGAAGAUGCAAAAAUAUUUUCCAUGUCCAUGGACAACACCAUUAAGAUCUGGGAUAUUGUGGACCAAACCUGUUUAUUUACAGCCUGUUCCAAAACCAGUGGAAUCAAGGGAGAGCUCACUGCUUGCCACUACACCCCAGGCAGCAGAUCACUUUGUGUUGCUGCAGAUACACUUGCACUUCUUCAUCUUAGAUUAAGGCCUCCUCCAGAGCCCCACUUGAUCGUAUCUCAUAAGGAGCCAGUUCUGUGCUGCAAAUACAACAAAGAGUUCAGGGACGUGGUGAGCUGCUCAGAGGGAUCUGUGGUUAAAGUGUGGGAUUUUGAAACAGGAAAGCAUUUAUUUGAGUUUAGUGAUGCUCAUGGAGGUGCUGCAAUAACCUGUUUGACCUUUGAUGUCAGUGGAAGAAGGUUAAUUACAGGAGGAAGAGAUGGAUGCUUGAAAAUAUGGAAUUACAACAAUGGACAUUGUUUGAAUACUUUGAAAAGGGAAGACAAAUGUGCUGAAGUCUGUGACUGCACCUACGUGGAGGUGAACAGAAGCAGGUAUAUCAUAGCUGUUGGAUGGGAUAGAAGAAUAAGCAUGUAUUUUGACUCUGCAGACAACCUUCAUCACUUUCAGAAACCUCAGCCCUAUUGGCAGGAUGAUAUAAGCUGUGGCCACAAGGAGGAUAUUCUGUGUAUUGCUCAGUGUCCACCUACUCUUCUUGCCACCUCCAGUUAUGAUGGUGAAAUUAUCAUUUGGAAUAUGAUCUCAGGACACAUAUACCGCAAACUUCACACAUCUUUUCCCGCUCACUGUGCUGGCACAGAAGCUGUAGACACAAGUAUUACUCAACUCGUAUUUCUGAGGACUCGCGCAGUGAAAUUUGAAUCAACAGCAGCCUCUCUUAUUUCCAAUGGGCCUCAAGGUUCUGUCAACUUCUGGAGUCUGUUCAGUGGAAUCCCCCUUACAGCAAGCUUCAUACCUUCUAGAGUGAAAUGCCACAUCAGCAGUAUUGCUGUCACUGCGGACGAUUCCUUUAUUUAUGCAGCAGACGAUGAUGGAUAUGUGUAUGUCUACAGCAUCAAGGACUAUGCUCUUCAGGACCCAGAGCGAGAACCACCAAAAUAUGUGAAUCAUUGGAGAGCUCACGUAAAUAUAGUUGUAUCAGUAGAGGUGGUUGAUGAAGAAAAAGUCCUGCUUUCCUCUUCUAUUGAUUGUACCGUUCGCCUGUGGAGUCUGGAUGGAGAGUACAUUGGGACUUUUGGGCAGGCAGAACCAUGGGAAAUUUUCACACCUGCCUCCUGGAAACAUCCCAGGGUUCCCUACGAAAUCUUGAUAGACCCACAAAGCAUGCCAAUUCACCCCAUGCUAGAAGGAGAGCCACCUGUCUUACAACUCAUAAACACAGAGCCAAGUAAUGUAACUCUGGAAAACGCCUUCUCUAAGCAUGAAGUGAGCUAUAACCCCAAACUUCCCCAAGUCACCAAGCCUGACCUGGCUAUCAAAGAGGAAAUCAACCAGCGGACUUAUGCACAAGCUUUGAGUAAAAGAUUGAAGCAGGAGCAUUACAAGAAGAUAAACAGACCACUUGCUCCUGGGGGACAGAGUACAUAUCACAUACUCAACACCUGUGAAGUUGUCAUUGCUCCACCAAUAUGUGAAAAGCCUGACUUGUCUGUUCUUAGCACAGACUACUUUUAUGAAGAAUCAUUAGGGGAAGAUUAGAGCAAUAAAUCUGUAGGUAAACUGAGCACAUGAUCAUGUGUCUCUUCAGUGGUAGCAAAGCAGUUUGUUAUUUUUGUUCCUGGUCUAAUUUUUCCUCUGUUGUUUGACAGAAAUACACUUAAAAUAGGCAGCUGUUUCUUAAUCACUUCUGGACAGUUUAUCCUUCUAAGCUUCCUAUUAUAAUGGCUCAUCAGUUAAUUCUGUAGAGCUGGACUUAUGUGGCAUUUAAACAAGACUUAUAUAAGCACAAAGUGAAACCAGAACAUGACUGUUAAAUAAACAAUUCCCUAUUAACUAGAGCCUGGUGAUAUAAUAGCACUGUGGAGGCAUAGUACAUCUGCACACUUAAGGCCUCAGCAGCCUUGUUGUAGAUCUAGUGAGACUUAUUCAAGCAGUUCUCUGGCUUUGGGGGUCCAAGCUAUGAUAGGUGUAUUGCAUAUAUGCCUUGGGGACUUCUGCACCAAAAAAUUAAAAA